UUAACGAUGUUUAUCAUCAAGGUCAAAUGAGUUGACAGACGCUGACAAGCAACAGGAUAGAUAUUGCGUUAGUGCCUCCUGCCAGUCGUGGUCGACCUUUUUUAAAGCGUCCGUGGAAGUUGUGCGGUAUUGACAACCGCGCCCAGUUUUUUGUGUGUGUGUUUAGGUAAAGUUAUUCACCAUAGGCCUCUCCGAUACCGCGUUGAUGGACAUGGUUGUCUCAAAUCUUCAGCAACAGCGUUGUAUAACCGAGCAGCUUCGUCGCGAAGGUGCUAUCAAACGUAUGCCGGUGUCUUUGGCUGUCAAAGACAUCAUCAAAUAUAUCACCGAACAUGAACAGGAUGAUUGCCUUUUGGUUGGUUUUUCCAGUCAAAGGGUUAAUCCAUUUCGCGAAAAAACACCCUGUACACUGUUGUAAUUUGAUGUAAUCUCUGUGAAUAAGUAAGAUGUAAGCAUUCAAAAUUGUCAUAAUGUUAAAGCGAUGUAAGCCUGUUGUAUUGCUAUGUAAACUUUAGUUUUUCAUAUAUUCAAAUGAGUUACUUUAAAAGGUUUUGUAUAAGCACAUUCUUUUUUAUAACUGAUGUCCAUAAUUUAAGGUUUGGUUAUUGAUUCAUAUCCUGUUUAUACCCACUUCAUCAAUGGAGGUUGUUUAUGUACAAUGAUAAUAACACAGAUAACAAUUUUAUUGAAACACAUUGACUAAAUGUAUUUAAAAUACCGUAUACUGAAUAUAUGUGAUAGAUAUCAAUAAAAUUGUCCUCUCAUAAA